AUGUCCCAUCUCGGCCAGAACGCAACCCGGAGUGAACCAAGCCCUGAAAAAUCAAAACUCACCGACCAAUAUCACAUGAGGAAGUCUCCCAUUCACCAAACCGGCCCUUAUCUUCAUCAGUUUGCAUCCAUCCAAUCUCCCUACAGUCCAACACCAAUGAUUGUGGCAAAGAUCUAUCACAAUCACACAUCCGUUUGCUACAACUCCAAGGCUAAUCCCAACUAUGCCUUGCCUAAGGCUGCCCUUCAAGAUAUUUUAUCAUGGACACAUGGUACUUGUUCAUCUAAGCCGGGAUGCAAGCCAUUCUGA